AUGCCGUCUUUCCUCAGAAGCCUUGGUAGGAAGAGCAGCCGCAUGUCCAAGAAUGGCGACAAGCAAGCAAAUGGUGCCGAUGCCCAGAACGGCAAAGGCUUAGCCCAUCGCGUAUCCGCCUCUACCUUGAACUCCUCUCAAGUUGGCUCGUCGACGCCCUCUACUACGCCAGCCACCUCUACCACCGACGAAGUCAACACUCAAACCAAAGACCUCACCAAUGGCCCUACACCUGCGCCUGCGCGACCUCAACGACCGACUGUCGACCCCGUGAAGCGUUAUAGCAUGAAUGGUUUAGCAUCGCCUACCUCGACCGGCUCCAACAGCUCGUUUAAUAGAUCUUCGCUACUCGCGCCGCGCAUCCUAUCGGUCUCGGAUAACUCCUGGGUACACCAGCAGGUACUGCUCAUAUUCGGGCAGAUCGGUGAAGCACAGAGCAAACCGCUGGACGGCACACUUACGGUUAAUCACCAUCAGGGCCGCUUCCCAUCUACUUGCUGGCCAGUACAUGACUCCUACUUCAAGGCCUUGGUGCACCUGGAGCCUGGCUGGAACAGGAUCCGACUUGACUUUGCCUCGCCCAAGGUCUCCUCACCGAACACCUCGGUACCCGCACAUGCCUCUUUCAUCAACAUUAAUUACCUCCCAUUGUCGCACUCGCCGCCUCUCCAGCUUGCGAUCAUACUAGGUCAUGAUUCUCCCGGCACUUACGACGCCCCACCAGAGCGCAUCGAGCGAGAAGGUAACGACCUCGAACUUGCGACUAAGAAAUUCCGUAUGGCUGCGUAUCUUUGGCAGGCCUUUACUGGCGAGCAAAUGAAGCGUUACGGAUUCGGUCGACGCUGCUUCCGAUUUGAAGAUGCCUGGGAACCUGGAACGCUAAGCUACCAGGAUUGGGAGCACAACCAAUACCGGACGCAAGCCAAAAUCCACGUCAUACGCUCAAGAAGGUCUGUCGCUGAAAUACGCGACCUAGAACGCGCACAGCAGUACGGACCAGGAACCAAGAAGAACGAACUUUUCGACAUUGCCAUAGAAGCAUGUAGAGACUACUUCCCCAUGGUACCAGGCCAGAAACACUACGUCUCUUGUCUGUUCCUCGACACACAUUGGGACACGCAAGAGAACACAGUUCGAGGACAUGCGGCUCUAGGCGGGGGUACUGGAGAUCUACAGCUAGCCAUCUUCGGCUCGCAUGCGCUCCAUAGCUAUCCGUCGAGCAUCGAAGAAGUUUUCCAGGCUUUCCAAGACUGUACGCAAACUAACACUGCCUUCGUCGCCAAUGACUGUAAUGAAUCUGGAAGCAAUUGGGAAGCUGCCAACAUAGGCAUCGGUGCCCAUCUGCAUGAGACGGGUCAUCUCUUUGGUUGUCCUCAUCAGGAGUCGGGUGUAAUGUUACGCGACUACGUUACAUUGAACCGAACCUUCACUUGCCGAGAACCCUACUCAACCCGCACCAAGUCAACCGGUCAGCGUCUGGUCCUGCCAAACGACGAGUGCAGAUGGCACAAGCUCGAUGUCCUCCGUUUCCGAUUUCACCCCUGUUUCCGCAUACCUAUCGAUAGCCCGAACAUCAAUGGGGAUGGCAGUGUCCAAGUGUGGACAGUCGAUGUUAGCCAAGGCGGUGUCAUCGCAACCUCGAAAUCAGGCAUCGCAUGGGUGGAGCUGUACACCGAAGGAGAGGAGGUUUGUCACUACUGGAAAGAGUUUCCUGAACAGGACAACCAGUAUCCACGACAGGUUGCACUGGAAGAAAACUCGCUUCGUUCUUUGUUACCCAAGGAGAAGCAAAAGUUGCGCUUGAAGCUCGAAGUCUACUCUGCCGGUGGAGGCAAGCACGUGGUGGAGGAUUUCAGCCAGCUUUCCAACCAGAAGAACUCCCGAGUCAAGAUACCGGACGGGCGAUGGGGCUACCGCGGUGGCAAGCUUGGCUACUCACAGAUGCAGGGCUCACAGCCUCAUGAAGUCAUCUUCGAUUACGUCCAUAUUCAAACCAAGCUUUUGCUUAGCAUCAAAGUGUACCAUGGUUCCGCGGUGGAUGGAUUGGAAUUUGUGUAUGAAGACACACACACCCAACUUUUCGGCAAGCGAGGAGGUAGCAUGACUGAGUUUGCCUUGGAUACCCGGAAAGGAGAGCUGCUGCUGGGCUUUUCUCUGCGCGCUGGCCUUUGGAUCGAUGGUCUACAAAUACUAACAAGCCUGGGGAGGAAGAGCGAGUGGUAUGGAAACCCAAAUGGUGGUAGCGGACACACGCUCAUCCCUCCUCGUGGCUACACCAUCGGCGGCAUAUCAGGCUCCUGCGCACAAUGGCUCGACGGUUUCUCUUUGAUCAUCACGCGGUGA